UUAUACAUAUUUGGCGCAACAUACUUUUUUAAAUGUCGAAUACAUAAUAUUGAAUUUCCACUUAAGAAGAUAAAAUUCACGGUUCACGUCGUCCUCUUGACUGAGCCACUUUAAUAAAUAUUUAUUGUAAUAACUGUAUCUAUAGUGAGCUGUCGUAUUUGUUUCAAGAAUUCCGAAUUAGUACGAUCUUGCCAUUUGAUAAUAGCGUACCGGACGCAGAAUUAAGUUAGCGUCGUCCGUAGACGUAGGCGUACGGCGUAUACGCACAUAGCGAAAAUAUACGUAAUAUAAAAAAAUAUUAUAAAUUAGUAAUUUCUAAAUAAAAUAUUAAAUAAUCAUGACGGCGGUAAAAAGUGAGGAAAGUGAUACAAGAAGUGAUAUUUUUACAAAAAUAGAACGUUUCGGAAGAUAUCAAACUGUACAAUAUAUUUUAGUUUGUUUGACUUUAUUUAUGAUUUCUAUGACACACGUGAAUUAUGUAUUUGUGGCCGAAAAUGUUAAUUACAGAUGUCGUGUCCCCGAAUGCGAACAUGAGAAUCAGAAUAUGGAAAUACCCACAUGGUGGCCAGAGGACAUAGAUCCCAAGUGCUACAAGCCUAUUCUAAAUACUAAGAAAUGGGCUUUGUCAAAUGGAACCUGUACCAAUUCUUCUUUCAAUGGAGUAAUAGAAGAGUGCCAGCAUUGGAUCUACGAAAACAAUAAUUCUAUCGUUGCCGAGUUAAACUUGGCGUGCCAACCGUGGAAGAUAAAUCUAGUAGGAGGCAUCCACAAUGCAGGAAUGAUAGUGUCCAUGAUAUUCACUGGCUGGAUAGCUGACAAAAUCGGAAGAAAACCAACCUUCAUAAUUUGUGCUGUCGGUGCAAGUAUUGGAGUAUUUAAAAUAUUCAUGACCAACUACUAUUGCUACUUGGCACUGGAAUUUCUAGAAUCUGUUAUGGGAUCGGGGCUUUAUACUGUGGGCGUGGUUUUAUUGAUUGAAGUAGGAGGAAGUUCCAAAAGAGUACUAGCUGGAAUUUUCUUUUCGUAUGCUGUUUACGUUGGUGAAAUUGUGUUCGCAUUCUUAGCAAUGAGCCUUCAAUAUUGGAAAUGGUUGAUUAUAGUGGUUUAUGCACCAAUGGCACUCUUUGGCCUAUACGUUUAUUGUCUAAGAGAAAGUACAAGAUGGCAAAUGAUACGUGGAAGAUUGGUAGAAGCCAAAGAAACUUUAAAGGUUAUGGUGAGAACGAACAAAAUCGAUUUGCCAGAAAAAGAAAUAGACGAUGCAAGUGACGACCAAAUGCGACUGAUGUUUGAUGUGGUAGAACAAAAAGAGAAAGAAGAUAUGAAAGUAAUUAUAGGAUCGAAGGAGAUAAUGACCCGUUUGUCAGUGACGUCAUUCAGCUUCUUCACUUCUAGCUUCCUGUACUAUGGAUCCCUAGUUCAUGUAGUUCUGCUACCAGGAAAUAAAUAUACCAAUUUUAUUCUCGCUGCGUUUACGUCGUUCCCAGGAGAAAUGCUUGCUUAUUACACAUUUAACAAGUAUGGAAGAAGAAUAACUUUGCAAUGUGGUUAUUUGCUUUCCGCAGUAUUUCUUAUAGCACAGAAUUACUGCCCGUCUUCACUAUCUUGGUUGAAGGUGAUAUUGUUCUUGGUCGGUAAACUUGGAGUCGUCAUUUGUUUUACUGGUAUUUACACCUACAGUCUGGAGCUGUUCCCUACCAGUGUCAGAGGAACCUUGCUCGGCUGGGGGAACACUGCUGCCAGGAUUGGCAGUAUGUUAGCACCAUUAACACCUUUAUUGAUAACUGAAAUACCAGCGCUUCCAUCGUUUUUGUUUUCAUCAUGCGCUGUGAUGGCUGCGCUCCUGUUAACCUUCACGCCAGAAACCAAAAACUUGCCUAUGUUUGACACAAUCGCCCAAGUCGAUUCCUACAAAACUUCACAAUUCAAAGAAGACAACGUGGAAACAGCGACGGGGCCAAACACUAUAUGUACGAAAUUAUAGACAUAAUUUAUGUAUGUUAUUUAAAUUGUGACAAAAUGACAACGGUAUUAUAGUGCCUAAGUAUGUAUGUUUAGUGUGAUAAUGAUAAUGUAGAAUAUAGAUGAUGAUUGUAAAUGAUUUGUACCUUUAGUACGAGUUUGCUUUAUGUUGAACGAGAACGUGUUCGGCGCUCUGAUUGGUUGAUUCAAUUGCGCCGGCCAAUCAGAGCCCCGAAUGUGUUCUCGUUGCGUUUUCGUUCAACGUAAACCAAAAUUGUACUAAGGGUAGUGAUAUAGUUCAUGUACCUAGAUUAAUUUACUCAAUAAAAUAUUAAUAUGGUAAGAAUUUAAAUACUGAAACAUACAUUACUAUAGAGACUAUUCGUUCCUAUAGAUAUAUAUGAAAAGUACAUUUUGUGGUUACAUUCCUUACUUACUCAAUGUUAAGGUAUUCCGCGUAGGUUAUACAAUGUCAAAGAAUUAAAUAAUUUAUAAUGUUA